AUGGCUCCCGCCACCACCACAGCGUCGGCUCCCGCUAAUCGGGCCCGGGAUGACCUGGACUCCACGUGGACUUAUCUGGAAAAGAGUGUCAACAAUGUCAUGACCAAACUUCAAGAGGGCCUCGACAUGAAGACUUAUAUGCGAGUUGCCUUGGGCGUGUAUACUGCUGUCCAUAAUUUUUGCACAUCUCAGAAGGCAGCAACUAGCGCUUCAUCUCCUAGCCAGCCUACCCUAAGUUCAAACCACCGUGGUGCACAUCUCCUGGGUGAAGAACUUUACCAGCUUUUAGGAAAAUAUCUUACCGAACACCUUCAAAGCGUUCUCGUAUCCUCGGAAUCACACACCGACGAGGCUCUGCUCACGUUCUACAUCCGCGAGUGGAAGCGAUACACCGACGCUGCCAAGUAUAACAAUCAUCUCUUUCGGUACCUUAAUCGACAUUGGGUCAAGCGAGAAAUCGACGAGGGCAAGAAGAAUGUCUACGAUGUCUACACCCUUCAUCUGGUGAAGUGGAAGGACGACUUUUUUAAGGCCGUGGAAUCCAAGGUCAUGGCGGCUGUCCUGCGAUUGGUGGAGAAACAACGCAACGGCGAGACCAUCGAUCAACUUCAGAUCAAAGCAAUCGUCGACAGCUUUGUAUCACUUGGCUUAGAUGAGCUUGACAGCAGCAAGUCUACCCUUGACGUCUACCGCUUGUACUUCGAACGACCCUUCAUAGCUGCGACAAAAGAUUAUUACACCAAUGAGUCCAGACGGUUUGUUGCAGAGAACAGUGUCGUUGAAUACAUGAAGAAGGCUGAAGCCAGGCUCGAGGAGGAGAAGGAAAGAGUAGGACUUUACCUGCAUCCGGAUAUUAUGAAGAAACUCAUGGACACUUGUAAUGAAGCGCUCAUUGCAGCUCACUCUGUUCUUCUUCGAGAUGAAUUCCAGGUCCUUCUCGAUAACGAGCGCACGGAGGAUCUUGCUCGGAUGUACAAGCUGUUGUCGAGAAUCAAAGAUGGCUUGGAUCCUCUCCGCAAUCGUUUCGAAGUCCACGUUCGGAAAGCUGGUACUGCCGCCGUCGAAAAGGUUGCUGCUAAUGGCGACAACUUUGAGCCUAAGGUCUAUGUCGACGCGCUCCUUGAGAUUCACGGCAAAUAUCAGCAGCUGGUCAAUGUCGCUUUUAAUGGAGAAUCCGAAUUUGUAAGAUCCCUCGACAAUGCUUGUCAAGAAUUUGUCAACCACAACCGUGUUUGCAAAUCCAACUCUACACGCUCUCCGGAAUUGCUUGCCAAGUAUGCCGAUCAACUCUUGAAGAAGGGAGCUAAAGCCGCCGACGAAUCCGAACUUGAGGAACUUCUGGUACAAAUUAUGAUUGUCUUCAAAUACAUCGAAGACAAAGACGUUUUUCAAAAAUUCUACUCUCGCAUGUUGGCCAAGCGUCUGGUUCACACCAGCUCUGUCUCUGAUGAUGCUGAAACUAGUAUGAUCAGCAAACUCAAAGAGGCCUGCGGUUACGAGUAUACCAACAAGUUGCAGCGAAUGUUCCAGGAUGUGCAAAUCUCCAAAGAUCUCAACACUGCCUACAAGGACUGGCAUGACAAGAUCUUGGAAGACAGCGAUGAAAAGCGAAGUGUUGACUCAACCUAUCAAAUCUUAGGAACAGGUUUCUGGCCUCUCAAUGCCCCCAACACUCCCUUCGUUCCUCCACCUGAGGUUAGCAAAGCUAUUGAAUCAUUCACACGGUUUUACGAUCAGAAGCACAAUGGCCGAAAACUUACCUGGCUAUGGCAGUUGUGCAAAGGAGAAAUCCGUGCCAAUUAUAUCAGAAGUCAAAAAGUGCCCUACACCUUCCAAGUCUCCACCUAUCAAAUGGCAAUUCUCUUGCUAUUCAACGAUGCCGACAAGCUUGAUUACUCAGAAAUCAAAGACCUUACAAAGCUUACUGAUGAGACAAUUGAGCCAGCCAUUGGUAUUCUUUGCAAGGCUCGCGUCUUGCUUCCCACUCCUGAGGAUGGCAAGCCCGCCGAUGGAACCAAGUAUGCUCUAAAUUACAACUUCAAGAACAAAAAGGUUAAAAUCAACCUCAACAUUCAGGUCAAAUCUGAGCAGAAGGUGGAAUCGGAAGAUACCCACAAGACGAUUGAGGAGGAUCGAAAGCUGCUGCUUCAGGCUGUCAUUGUUCGAAUCAUGAAAGGCCGAAAGAAGCUCAAGCAUGUCCUCCUGGUCGAAGAGGUCAUCACACAAGUCCGCAAUCGAUUCCCUCCAAAGAUUUCUGAUAUCAAGAAGAAUAUCGACGCUCUUAUGGAAAAGGACUACAUAGAGAGACUUGAUAAUGACGAGUUGGCAUAUAUUGCAUAG